AAAGAGCAUUUUCUCCAACCCCUUAACAAGUCCAGGUGAACUUUCCCACAACUUCGUCGCAAUGUGCUCCGUUAACUCUUCCGCAAGGCUUACACCUAUCGGUACGCAUGCGCGGCGGCGAAGCCGGUCCUCCAGAAUACCGUGAUGCAAAGGGGAGACGGCGCAGAUCCGCCAUGUUGUGAUUUUCUCUCUGGAAAGAGGUGAGCCGGCGGGGCGGAAAAUAAAGAAAAGAACGAACAUUUCAGUCGGGGUUUUUCUCUCGGUUGCUGGACUGGUGAAGCGCGGAUCCUGGUUAAUGUAACACCGAGGGUAAACAUAAGAAGAACAACGACGGUCCCCUCACGAUGGCCUGCAAUGCACAAGAAGAUGAAUUUGACCAAGUUGAUAAACCAGGCGCUGAAAGAUUUCGGAGAAGACGACCAGCCAAUGAAGAAUGGGACAGUGAUCUUGAAGAUGAUUUGCUUAGUGAUGACUGGGGAUUGAGCAAAAAGAAUCUAUCUGACCAAUCAGAUGAAGAACUUGAUGAUAACCUUUUGCAGAGUGAUGAAGAAGCAAAUGAAAGUUAUCAAGGUGUAUCAGUCGACAUCAAUGCCUCGACGUCUUUUACGGGUACAUCCUUGGAAUUGUCUAAGAGCAUUGGUGACAAAUCUACUGAAGAGAUAUUCCAUUAUGCAGACCAAGAUGCAGAUGAUGAAAAUGCAGCUCUGGAAGCUGUAGACAAUGUUCAAGAAGAGAUGACAGACUAUGCUCCGGAUGAAUAUGUUGAAGGUUUACAGUAUGAAAGCAAUGACACUCAUCUAGGAGACGACCAAAUGGAUUACCCGGUAGAACAGGGCGAAGAGGAGAUGUACAAUGAUGAAGUGUUAGACCUUGAAAUCAAUGACCCUCUAGAUGAUGAAUUUCAAGAUGAAGAAUAUUCACAAUUGUAUAUUGCAAACCAAGAUUUGCCAGAACAACUUCAAACUCAGGACAAUGAAGAAUAUGAAGAAGCAGCAACUGCAGAAAUACAAGAGCAUGGUACAGACACAGUGAAUGAACCUGAAGAGAUGGUGAAGCUAAUACAGGAAGUAGAAGAAAAGAAGGAUGUUUCUGAUGAUGAAGAUGAUGAUGAUGAGGAAUCCGGGCGAAUUCGUUUUAAAACUGAACGGAAAGAAGGAACAGUCAUUAGGUUAACGGAUGCAGCUAGAAAGAGGAGGAACAUUCCGGACACCUUGGAACUUUCUGAUGAGGCUAAGGCAGCAUUACGUGAAUUUGAGGAGACAGAACGCCAGCGGAAACAAGGAAAAAGAGGGCGAAGAGGACGUUCAGCUAACUUUGGUUUUUGCGAUCCAAGGAAAGAUGGUGGAAGGAGGAAGGAUCAGCGCCUGCCUUUGAUGCAAGUGCCUCCAUCGCUGCCGAAUCCUCGUACUACUGUAAAUUCCCCAGAUCAUCAGUCUGGUAGAGGUAAUUUUCAACAGCGACAACAGCCACAGCCUCUCCUGGUACCUCAAAGACAUCCUUCCGCAUCUCAAUUAUCCGUUUGCCCUCCGCAGCAACCAGAACAGCAGCAUCAACAGAAAGAGCAACCACAGAAUUCAGAAGCCGCUUCUGUCAGUUUGAAUCAAACAGUAAUCCCAGCACAACAACCAAAGAACAUUCAUAUAAACCCUCAUUUCCGAGGUCCAGUGGUUACCCCAGUCCAAGUGCCCUUGAUGCCUACGCCAAACCAGCCGAGGCCUGCUGUGGGCCCCCAGAGAUUCCUGCAGAAUCCUCCAGAAUUUCAGCAACCUAUUCCAGUCCCUGCUAACUUUAAUCAGCCACCCCGGCAACCUCUUCAGGAGCCAUGGAGAGGGCCACACCCACAAGAGAGAGAACCCUUCUUCAUUGGUGAUUCAAGAUUCCAAGGACAACAUAUGUUUGAACAGCGGAGUCCUCCUCCCCCACUUAUGAACAAUCAUGCAAUGUCUCUACAACCUCCCAUGGUGUACAGCCAUCCAGGCCCAGGUUUCAACCAGCAGGGACAACAUCAUAUGUUUCCAAGGGAAGCUUCACUGAGAACUAAUCUUCAGCCCCAGGGUCAUAUGGGGAUGCCUCCCUUUAACCAACCUGGUCCAUUAACUCCAAGACCAUUCAUUCCUCCAAGACAGCAAUUUCCACAAGCCCCAGGGCAACCAUUUCCACCAUCUCCCCACAUUCAGCAAAAUAUACAGCCUCCCAUGCAGUUGCAGCCAUUGCCGCAACACCAGAAUAGCUGUUCUCCCCAGCCGAUCAUUCCCAAUGCUCCACACCAGUUUAGGCCGCACUUACAGAUUCUUCCCACGUCUGUAAAUGACAAGCGACUUCAACGACCACAACGACAGAAUAUAAUGAAGCUUCGCCAUAAUGUACCUGGUAUGCAAAACAUGAAUAAGAUUCCAAAUCAAUUCCAGGCCUCUCCUCAACGGAACAGCAACCUCCGUGAAUUGCCUAUUGCUCCUCAUAACAGUACCAUAAAACAUCACCGUCCUAUGUCGGCCCCUGCUGCUCAAGCUACAACUGUUUCAUGGACAAAAUCCACUGCCUCAACUACAACCUCUACUCGAAUGAAACAGACUGCUCAAAGUGCACCGGCUGUUCAGACUGCAUCAGGAGACAGGGUGCCUCAGAAGGUCUUGCAGCAAAAAAACAAGAAGCAGAAGCCAGCAUCGCAUGAUUCUACGGUGGGAGAGUCUGCAGAUGAAGAUGAGGAAACAAGGGUGUAUCGUUUGAAAAUUGAGGAACAGAAAAGACUCAGAGAAGAAAUACUGAGACAGAAGGAACUCCGACGGCAGCAGCAAGCUGGUGCCCGAAAGAAAGAACUUCUCGAAAGACUUGCACAGCAACAACAGCAACAGCAACCACUAGCACAACAACCAUCUCAACAACAACUAGCCAAUACACAACAGGCUCCCCAGAAUGUUAACCCAGCUACACUACAGGCUGUAAAUCAAGCACAGCCAAAUAUAAAGAAUAGACUGUUCACAAGGAAACAGACUACAGGAGUACAGCAACAAGCCAAUAGAACUCAACAAUCUGGAAAUAUUCUGCAAGUUCAGACAGAAAUGAGAAAGAAUGUCAACCAAAUCAAACAGGUCAGAUCUGCACCCUUAAAUCAAUUACAAUUUCCCAAACUGGCCCAGUCUAAACCUGUUGGCACAUCAGGACCCAGUGUACAAUCUGUGAAGAUGGUUAUUCCUGCAAUCAAGUCCCAAGAAUUAAAGCCUGGUAUUAAACGGACAGUAAUGCAAAGAAUGAACAGUGGAGGAGGGGAUGGGCCUCACAUUAAUCCCAAAGUAAGGGUACUCAAGCUACCAACGAUGCAGGGGAGCGAGAACACUGGCUUCUCUCAUCUUGAGGUCCAGCCUCAGCGGCAGCACCAGCAACAACUCCAGAAACAACAGACCGUUCGGAAGGUCACAUUGACAAAAGGAGCACAACAGCAACGACCACAGCAACAGCGGCAGCAAUCUGUACCACAGUUGCUAGGAAUGACAAAGAAUUUAGCCAGUCAGCAGAACAGGGUCAUUAUGCAGGGGCGCGGCAUAGCAUUACCAGGCCAGAUGGGCCGAGGACGCAUGAUGCAACAUAAACAGAAUUUGCGAGUGGUGGAAUGCAGACCUCAACCAUGUGUGGUGUCAGUUGAAGGGCUUUCUUCUUCAACCACUGAUAUCCAGUUGAAAAACCUGCUGAUGUCAGUUGGACCUAUUCAGGACUUCAAGAUGAUGCGAGAGCAGCGAAAAGCCAUCGCAAAAUUCAAGGAACCGGCGCAUGCUUCAGCUUUUCAGCAGAAAUUUCACAGGCACAUGAUAGAUCUCUCUCACAUCAAUGUCGCACUGAUCAUGGAUGAAUGAUUACUCUUUGAAUGGAAACACAGCUACGUACUAGUGCAGAAGGUCAGAUCAACUCCAGCGAAGAUGUGAUAUGGCAGAGCUGCCAUACAGCGAUCAAUUUCUAGCCAGUGUGUAAGCUGUCAAAUUGGUGAAACCAAAGGAGUUGACCCAAGUCCAUUGUGGGUUGAAGUAUGUAAUGGCACUGAAGAAGACUGUUUAUACUCUUGUUUCUACAUAUUUGUUUCUUGUCACCAAAUGGAACAAAAUCUUGGCAAAACAACCUAUGUGGAUUGAAAAUACCACAAAGAAUGACUUAUCUGUGAACAGUGACUGAAGUAGGCACUGUAGAAGUAGUUCAGCUGCUUAUAUAAUAGAGGACUUUUAUGGUGAAUAACACUAGAUAAUGGUUGCUGCAGACUUCUUUCCUUGCAGGGUUAGAUUUGUGUGAAAACCACCCCCCCGCCCCCCCCCCCCCCACUCCACCUUUUUAAACUAUUUUGUACCAAUGUCAUGUCUCGCUUCCAAGUAACACAUCAUUAUGUCCAUCUGAGUAAGAAUUAGUUGGAAAAGCCCAAGUUAAAUUGAGGAAUGCAUGCUGCUGACUUUGAGUUCCAAGUUCACAUUAAUCCAUUCUUUUAGAUCUUCUGAUAUGAGCUUAGACAUAUAAUGCUAAAUAGAAACUUGAAGGGAGUACAUUUGAUGAAGGCUUGCCUGUUAGUUGUGGAUUGGAGUUUUAUUUUUGUUUCAUAGUAAGAAUCUGUUUAUUGGAAAAUUUAUAAUUAAGAACGUGUUCUGUCAGUAAGAAAUAUACAUUGUUAAUUUUCAAAAAAUAUAAUUUGAAGAAAAAUUGGUCAGACAUUCAGCUGGUUGCCUUAAAAAUGUACAGUAUACCCAUCCUUUCUGUUCAGGAGUGAAUAAAAGAUCAGAUCUAAAGUUGGGAUGUGAAGAUUUUUAACCCGUUAAGACAAAAUAAUUUUGAAGGACUUAACCUUUGUACUUGAUAUUCAACUGGGAAACAUAGUUGUUCAUUUUCUUUAGUGGUAGAAAACAGUACAAAGUAGAUUAUUGUUACGAUUAUAGAUCGAAGAUGGAUGCAGAUGGGUAGUUCAUCAGGGCUGCUAAGGCAGUAGCAGAUUGAAUGCUGAUACAUUCCUAUAGGUUGAUCUAUAGUUGGUGUUUCUCCAUAUUACAGACCAUGAAAUUGUGAUUGGUCUUAGGACUAUUUCAAGGCUUUGUGCAAGCAUUUUAAAUAUUUUCGUCCACAGUUGUAUACAAGAGGAUAUAUCACUGUGAUGUCUAUUACUUGAUGUGAAACUUUUGAUUUUGUACUUAAGUAUUAUAAACAGCAGCAAGCGCUUACAAAAAUAGAUGCACAUUAAACUCCAGAAUCAGGUUUUCAUUGCACUGUCUACCAGUUAGUAUUUUUUUUACUAUCAUAAUGUAUCUGCUGAAUUCUUGUCACCAGUAGAAACAAAUGUUUCACUGCCACGGGCAGUGAUUGCUGACUUGCUGAGUUUUCUCACCUUGGAUUGCUGGUGAAAUUAGUCACUCACAAGCCUUCCAAAAGAGAUGGGAUUCUGCUUUUGUCAGUGACACUGAAAACUGAAAGAAGUAAAAAAAAAGGGUUGUUAUCACAGGAUAUUUUGGGAUGGGGAUGAGAAUUAUUUUAGUUAUUGUUCUAAUAUGUACUCUGUAGACUUCUGCAGAACAUUUUUUAAUUGGAUACCUUUGAAUACAGAAUUGUAUCUUCUUACUCAGACGAUUGAGAAUUAAUAGUUGUUGAGUUUGUGUUCAACUUGGUACAUCACUUCCCUGUCAGUCAUUAUAUGCAAAAGAAAAUUGUGCAAUCAAAUCAGCUUUUGUUUGACUUGGUUGGCAUUCAGUUUAGUAUUUAACUUAAAUACAGCUGGAGAAACUGUCACAGCAGAUUUGAUGGUCAGAGGAACUUGGAUACUUAACCUCUUUUGUGAUAGGCAAAAUAUAUAGGUGUUUGCAGAACCAAGAUUUUAAUAUCACAUUUGAGAGAGAACUUGCCCUGCAAGAGUCCCAUUUAAUGAAACUAUCUAACAGUUAUAAGGGGAAAAAAGUGCAACUAAUCCAGAUUUGUCAGAACUUGCUGUUCUUUGAGGAUUUAUUAUUACCAUAAAAUAGAUGGAUAUUUAAUUGAUAUUUUGUUUGUACUGAUUUAUGACUGUAAACACUGGAGGUUUUAUCACUGGAGGUUUAUCACAGACCUACAAAAACAAUGCAAGGACAGGAGGUGCAGGUUGUCAACCCAGGAAUAUAUUCAGCUUAUACAAGUUGUUUUCUUUUUGAUCAGUUGGUCAAUCUUGAUUUGCUGCAAAGAUUGAAAGUAUCAUGAGGGUUUUCAUUUUAGUUUUCUUAGGCCCACCAUAAAUUUCUGUUUGAAGAAGUGGAAUCUUGUUAUAUGCAAUUUGUUGGAUGCGAUUAACAAAGCCCAGACAGAAUGGAUCUGUCUCUGGUUCUUUCUAUAUGAGGAACAACUUGUUGUAUCAUGAUCACAUGUGCAUGGAUUGGAAUAUAUUACAAAUGGUAAGGGUCAUUGACCUUUAUUUUUUGUCGUUUAUUUGGUUUGUAUUGUGUCACUCAUAAAUUGAGUUGACAUUUGGUUCUCUUAGAUGUUACACUUGCAUAUAACGUCUUCACUUUGGAAAACCAAAUGGGUUACAACUCAUGCAUUUUCCCAGCAACAAUAUACAAACGUUCACAAAUACAAAAUAUAUAUAUAUAUUGUGUGUAUAAUACAUAUACACAUACAGUGAAGUGUAACUUUCACUAUCGAAACAGUUACUUUCAGUGCUAAAGCUAUAGAAGGACGAGUGUAUAUAGUCAUUUGUUAAUGGUAGUGGGAUUGUUGCCAGAGGGAAGAUAUGGUGGGGGAUAAGACAUGACACAUUAAGGACAUAAGUGUGGUAAAACUGUAGGUGGUUAGAGGAAGAUUUGCUGCAACCAUCAUCAGAGUUGUUCACUGCACAUUGGUGGAUUUCACUUAUAGUGUAAAGAAGCAUUUGUACAGCAGCAUGUAAGUAGAGCAAAAUGCUUUCAAGUCAUCGUCCGUGGUGUUCCAUCUACUUUUUAGACGUUUUGCAUUAGCUAAUACUUUCUGAAGUUGCUUGUGUUUUUUUCAUGUAUUUGGAAGUUUAUUGGAUGCAAUGACUAUUGAACUGAACAAGACAUUCUGUGUAUUAAUACAUUUUUAUAAAGAU